CCCGGUGAACCUGGAAGCGAAGAGCGGCUCCACCCGGAAACGAAAGCGGGGCUCCAACCGGAAGCGGUUGCUCCUGCUGCCUCGGGAGACGCCGCGAGCGAGCGAGGAGCGAUGAACGCGCCGCCGGCCUUCGAGUCCUUCCUGCUCUUCGACGGGGAGAAAAAGAUUACAAUAAAUAAGGAUACCAAAGUACCCAAUGCCUGCCUGUUUACCAUCAACAAAGAAGAUCACACACUCGGGAAUAUCAUUAAGUCACAGUUAUUGAAAGACCCUCAGGUGCUGUUUGCAGGAUACAAGGUCCCUCAUCCCCUUGAGCAUAAGAUCAUCAUUCGUGUUCAGACCACUCCCGAUUACAGUCCCCAAGAAGCUUUCACAAACGCCAUCACGGAUCUCAUCAGUGAGCUCUCCCUCCUUGAGGAGAGGUUCCAGGUUGCCAUCAAAGACAAACAAGAAGGAAUUGAAUAGCACCACAUGCCAUCUUAGUAUGUAAAUGCAUAAUAGUUUUUCAUGUAUAGCAGACUAUUGAAUAGCACGUUUAGAAUGACUUUGUAGCCUCCAAGAAAUGUGUGUUCUGACAUAAGAUCCCAUUAGUUUAGUUUAUUUGCUGCCUAUUUAUUUACUUUUCAGCUGAGUUGCGUUGUUUGAAAAGAUUAGUAAUUAAAAUAGCUGGCAUUUUU